AUGUGGGUCCCAGCCCCUGAGGCCUGGCUGGGAAAUGAAGCCUCUCCUGCAGUUGUAGGAGCGCUGUGGGCAGCCAUGGCCCUGGAGGGGCACUGUCUCCGGAGGGGAUCCCCGGCCAUGAUCAGAAAGGGUCGUAAGCGGCGUCACACGAAGCCGACACUGGCUCAGGUCACAUCCACUCUGCUGUCAAGGACACGUCUUCACGGCCUGCGGCAUGUUUGUGUCCCCGGUGGCUCUGUUGGCCGCAGGGCCUUCUGGUUACUGGCCCUCUGCACCUCCCUGGGAUUGCUUUUAUCCUGGUCCUCCAACCGUCUACUUCACUGGCUUUCUUUUCCCACAUACACACGAGUUCACACCGAAUGGGCCAAAGAACUGGCUUUCCCUGCUGUCACUAUCUGCAACAAUAAUCCUAUUCGCCUCUACAAACUUACAAAGAGUGACCUGUAUUUUGCUGGCCACUGGCUUGGCCUGCUGUUGGCUAACCGGACAGUCAGGCCCAUGGUUUUGGACCUGCUGCAGGAGGACCAUCUGGCCUGGUUCAGAAAACUGUCAGACUUCAAGCUAUUCCUGCCACCCAGAAACUUUGAAGGAACCAACUUGGAGUUUAUGGACCGACUGAGCCACCAGCUAGAUGAAAUGCUUCUCUCGUGCAAAUACAAAGGAGAGCCCUGCGGAGCCCACAACUUCUCCUCUGUGUUCACCAGGUACGGAAAGUGUUACAUGUUCAACGCUGCAGAGGAGGGGAAGACCCUCCGUACCACCAUGAAAGGAGGGACUGGAAACGGGCUGGAGAUCAUGCUGGACAUCCAGCAGGACGAGUACCUGCCGGUGUGGGGGGACACAGACGACACGGCGUUCGAAGCAGGUGUGCGGGUGCAGAUCCACAGCCAGGCGGAGCCUCCGUUUGUCCACGAACUGGGCUUCGGCGUGGCCCCUGGCUUCCAGACCUUUGUGGCCACACAGGAGCAGAGGCUGACUUACCUGCCUCCCCCGUGGGGAGAGUGCGAGUCCAAAGCUCUGGAGUCGGGCUUCUUUCAGGUCUACAGCGUGACCGCCUGCAGAAUCGACUGCGAGACGCGCUACAUUGUGGAGAAUUGCAACUGCAGGAUGGUUCACAUGCCUGGUGAUGCUUCGUACUGCACACCUGAGCAGUACAAAGACUGUGCUGAGCCUGCGCUCGCCAAACUGUCUGCUGUGGAGAGCAGCAGCUGCAUGUGCAGGACGCCGUGCAACACGACCCGCUACAACAAAGAGUUAUCCAUGGUCAAAAUCCCCAGCAAGACCUCGGCGCGCUACCUGCAGAAGAAGUUCAACAAGUCGGAGAAGUAUAUCACAGACAACAUCUUGGUGCUGGAUGUGUUCUUUGAAGCUCUGAACUACGAGACCAUCGAGCAGAAAAAAGCCUACGAGGUGGCAGGUUUACUGGGUGAUAUUGGAGGACAGAUGGGUUUGUUCAUCGGCGCGAGCAUCCUCACCAUCUUAGAGCUCUUUGAUUACGCUUAUGAGGUGGUGAAAGACAGACUGCUGGACUUACUGAGCAGAGAGGAGGAGGACGAGAGUCACGCAGAGGAGGUGAGUUCCUGCGACCCAGUGGCGAACCACUCAGAAUCCAUCAGCCACACCGUGACAGUCCCCCUCCAGACAACUCUGGGCACCCUGGAGGAGAUCGCCUGCUGAAGACCCCCCUCCCCGAACUCAGCAGCUGCCUCCACCAGGUUGAGCAUCCUUUACGGAGUCCUGCAGGACCUAUGGGGGCGGGGAGGAGGACAGGAGCAGGGGUUGGGCUGAGGACAGCGCUGCUCUGUCACACCCUUCUGUCUGAGGCGCUAAUGGGGAUUAAAGACGUGUCGAAUGGAUUAAUCAG